AUGGCAGAUCACAGCAAAGGAGGCAUUUUCACGAGAGCGCAAAAAACUUUAACUCGUACAAAAGCGAAGGUUCUACAGAAUCUUGGUAAAGCUGAAAAAACCUCAGAUGAAAAGUUAGAUGAGUAUGUCCACAAACUUGACAAACAGCAGGAAACUGCACAAAAAUUCCAGAAGGAACUGCGCACCUACAUCAAUGCUGCAAAAACGAUGCAGAAUGCGUCCCGAUCCUUGUUUAACACAAUACAAGAGACAUAUGAGGAUGAUUGGGAUGGAGGCAGUAAAGUUCAUGAAAACCUACAGUCCAUGGAGCUGAUGUGGGCAGAUUAUAUCCAGAAUCUUCAGGAAAGAGUGCAAGAACCAAUGGCAACCUACAUCAGUCAUAUAACACCCUUAAAGACACGAAUCGCCAAGAGAGGACGUAAGCUGGUUGACUAUGAUAAUGCACGGCAUAAUCUGGAAGUGGUACAAAAUGCAAAGAAGAGAGACGAAACCAAAAUAACCAGGGCAAAAGAAGAUGCUGAACAAGCAAAAAUGAUCUACACAGAAAUGAAUGACUAUCUACACGCAGACCUCCCCGAGUUCUAUAAGAGUCGUGUUGGUCUGUAUGGUACAACAUUUGAAAAACUCUUUGGAUCAGAGAGUAUGUUUCACUCUGAGCUUGGAAAGUUAGCGGAAGAUACCAGCAACAUUGCCAAGCUGUUAGCAAAUGAGAACCAAUUUACCUACCGACCCCGCCCAGUCAGUAAGGCCUUGUCACAUGAAAACACACAUGUAAUGAACGGAGAGAAUGGUGACCAUACUAAUGGAAACAGUGGCUACGAGUCGUCCAGCCCAGGCGCUACGCCUACGCGGCCAUCACAGCCACCAAUGCUGAAUGGCCACGAGGAAGAUGAAGGACAUCAUUCACCACCAGAAAGUCCAUUGUACCAGAACAACCCCUCCUUCCAAGAAACAGUGGCCCUGUCCCCACCUCAGGUCGACAGUAAACCAGAGGAGGAGGUGGCUUCACCUCAGGUAGAGAGUGAGCCUUCUGUCACGGAAGAGCAGAUGUCACCCGCACAGCAGCAGGAGGAGGUCACAAUCACACAGGCCGAGGAAACCAAAGAAAGAGUUGAUGAAAUUUCUCAGGAAGCUACUGACACACUGUCACAGGAAGUGCCUGAUAAGGUAACUCCAGACGAUGCUCCUGACUAUCCACCUCCUGCGGUUCCCUCUAAUCCUCCUCCUCCAACAAGUGAUUCACCUGUCAUGCAAAUGAAAGAGGAAGAGUCAUUACCUUCAGAAGAGCCAGAACCAAAAGCAGAAGAACCCUCAGUGCAAGCCCCGGUGUAUGAUAUUGUGCCAUCACCAGCAGAAGUCAAACCAAAAGAGGAGGAAGAGGAUGCAAGUAAAUUCGAUGAUGACAAUUUGUAUGAAGUGCCAAAGUCCAACGCACCAGUUGAGGAGAAACUACCAGAAGGAGCCCGAUAUAAGGUUGUGACGACUCAUUCCUACACGAGAGAGGAUGAUGAUGAACUCAGCUUUGAGAAGGGUGAUCUAAUAUAUGUGAUGGAAUACAAUGGCCCUGAGGAAUUGGAUGAUGGGUGGUUGAUGGGGAAGAAAAAGGUUACAGGUGAAAUGGGUGUCUUCCCGGAAAACUUCACAAAACGUGAAAAUUGAUUCACUUUCACUGAAACUCUACUCACUGCAAAGGUUCUAACUGGCCAGUCAACUGAAGUCAAUUUCAGGAGAAAGUGUCAUGGUUUGAGAUCUCCCAAAUCGGGGGAAAGAAUGAAGAUAUAAGGUUGAAGAUAUCAGAAGGAUUAUCUGCCUUGGAUUAAAUCAUGUGCUAUACUGAGUCAAAACUAUUUUGUGUUCAACAUUGGCAUAUUUGAUAAGAGAGAAAAUCUAUGAUUAGAGUGAUCAGUGUUUGUUCCUGUCAUACAUUCACGAAAGAUGUUCAAAUUGAUGUCGCAAGUAUGUUACUGACUUGAGACAGAAAUAUGCAAAAUAAAGCAAAAUGCUCUCUUUUCAUUGAAUUAAAUAUAUACCGUUCUGUGUUCAGAACUGUUCUACAAAUUCCUACAUCAACAUCAUGUCUAGUAUUUCCUAGUACAAAUCUAUUGUGCCUGAUUUGGUACUGAUAUCCGACUUCUAAAAAGUUCCUUCGUAUAUCAUUAGGCUUUGAAUUACCACAGUGGUGCUUAAAUAUCUAAACCAGUGCUGUAAUGAAAUUAUUAAUUAAGUAUAGUUUAUUAAGUAUCAAUGCCGUACUAAAUAUUACAGGGAUGAAACACAGGGUAUUUUUGAUCAGCAAGAUAACACAGGUCAAAUUAUGUGUAUAGUAGAGCCAAAUAACCAUGGUUAAUUACAGGCUAUGGUUUUAUCAUGGUUAUGCUUUCGCUUGUGGUGACCCAAAAUUAAAAUACUCACAGAUAAGGGUACUGUAUCUAUAAAUCAAGGCAAUUGUGUUCAUGAAGUCUGAUUAAUGUAUAAAUACAGUGAAUCUGUCUGAAAUUAGACACGCUAUGUAUGAUGCAAUCUUUUGGAUAGAUUAGACUGGAGGAUGGAAUACAUGAAUCUUGUUUGGUUUCUAUGUAAUCAAGAGUCAGAUAACACAGAUUUCACUGUAUGCAUUGCAAAAUCAUAUUUUGUUUUAAAAAAACAAACAAAAAACACCUGUAGGCAAAAUAUUACUGUUAUGACAAUAUUUUGCUGAUUUUUUUUGUUCUGAUAGUUUUUUUGUUUAGAUAAUGUUGAUGGAAAUUUAGAGAUUCAUUGAGAUCGAUCCAUUGAUUCAAACAACUGAACUGUGCCACAAUAUUGAUAAUUUGUAUAAGUUGAUCCAUGCAGGUCUAUAGACAAAUAAUUAAGAUGGUCUCCAUGGACUCUGAGGUCCUGGGAUAGAGUUAAGAUGGUCUCGAUGGAUUAGGAGGUCCUAGGGCGGAGUGAAGAC